ACGGCUUCUGGAAAACCGCUCAUGUACCAUCAGAUAUUCCUGUCCGGCUGUCUGGCAGGAGUCUUCACUACAGUGAUAGUAGCUCCAGGAGAGAGGAUCAAAUGCUUGCUACAGGUGCAGUCGAGCGGUGGAAGGUCCAAGUACGCAGGUCCGCUGGACUGUGCGGUCAGGCUCUAUAAGGAGCAGGGGAUCCGCAGCGUCUACAAAGGAACUGUGCUCACUCUCAUCAGAGACGUGCCUUCUAACGGUCUGUACUUCCUCACGUAUGAAUAUCUCAAGGAUGUCCUGACUCCUGAGGGUCAAAGCGUGUCUCAGCUCAGCACUCCCAGAAUCCUCCUGGCUGGUGGUGUCGCCGGAAUAUUAAACUGGGUGAUUGCUCUUCCCCCAGACGUGCUCAAGUCCAACUUCCAGACAGCUGCAGAUGGCAAGUACAGAGGUCUGGCUGAUGUCCUGCGAGCACUGCUUCGAGAAGAAGGACCUAAAGCUCUCUACAAGGGCUUCAAUGCUGUUUUCCUGCGAGCCUUCCCAGCCAACGCUGCUUGUUUUCUGGGAUUUGAGGUGGCAUUAAAGGGCCUGAACCUGCUCGCACCGAGCUGGUGAAAGACGACGAAGCAGCAACUGAAGAUUUUCUCCCUCAAACAGUGUUGGUGAAAUAAAUCUAAAGUGUACUUUUAAACUUUUAAAAAUAUAUUUUCCAAAAACGUGGUGUCUGUCAUUGUUCCUGAGAUUGGGAGCAGUGGAAACACGUACAAUUUGAGAGACAGCUUCUUCAGUUCUAGAGUCACAUGGUGGAGAGUCCCAGAUUUAAACCCCAAAGAGGGACAAAGGACCCCCUGAUGAUCCUCUAAUCACAUGAGCCAAGGUGUGAAAGCAGGUGUGGGUCGCAAUCAGCCAGGGUUUCGGGUGAGCUCAUUGUGAAACCUGGCCCCACCCUAUCAUGUGAUUUCCUGAGGUCAGAAGGCCCAGGAUGUGAGUGGGCGUUAAGGCUUCUCAAAACUGAAAGUUUCAGCAAAUCUUCAGGUCCUGUUGUUUACAAGUUGCAGACCUUUUCUUCUUCUUUUUCACAGCAGAUCAUCUGCCUUCAUCUCCUCUGCCUUUGCAUCCUCUCUGUCACACCGACUCUCUGCCUGUCCUCCUUCACUACAUUCAUGAAUCGUCCUUCUCUCUCACUGCCUCCAAACAUGCCUCCCCCCUCUCCUCUUCCUUUGUCAGUAGUAGCAGAGUUUCCAGCUGCUCGUAUGCAGCAGUGCAGUCAUAAUAAUUUGACGUGUCCAGUAUCCUGGUAUGAACCCUGGAAUGUGAAGUACAUGCCAUUUACUAGAGAGAAUAAUACAGUGUGAAUGCUACACAGGAACAACUAAGCUCCCAAACAGACAUUGCUGGAUGGUGAUGAGAUACUAGCAUCAGUAUUUCUUCAAUCCAAGUAUUUAAAUAGAUGAUGUCACUUUGCUAGACAUGGAAUUGUUUUAAACGGGCCACUGCAGGGGCAAAGGGCUCCAUCUGCAUUUGUAUAUGAAGCCUUUGAAGAGAUCAUGUUGUCAUCUCUGCGAGACCUGAACAGGAGUUGAGACCAAACAAAUACACAGCAAAAAUUAUGCAAAUACUGUUGUCAUGACGGAGCACAAGAGGUUUUUUCUUUAUGGUCAUUUUAAAUAACAAACAGGCGAUAAUGAUGAGACCAAAAAUGUUUGUAUGAAAUCUAAAGAUUGCAUUGAACAAAAUAAAUUCAAAUAUAAACUGUU